GCUUCGUCAUUUUCUUUGAUUUCGGCGAGGAUCUAUGUCUGCUUCUUUGGGAUUCCAUUUUCUUCUUCUAUGCUACUUUGGAGUAUCGCUGAACCAUUCCACUGCCUACCCUCUUUAAGUUUAACUUCUUUACCCAUCAUCUCUUAAUUCUAUUUGUGGAUUUUUCAUUCUUUUUUGGUGGAUUUCUUUUUUCUGCGAAUUUCUUUUUCUUGUGAGCAAGUUUCUCCGAAGUUGGAAUCAAGAAAAAAUGUCCCAAGGCUUUGCAGUUGAACUUUACUUCGACCCUGCACUGGAGAACCAGGUACUGAAGGCUUGGAAUGUUAUGGCACGGCGACAGAUCAGCACACAACUAAUUGAGAUGGAAUCUCGGCCACACAUCACCCUCCUCUCCAGUCCCCUUCUUGAUCCUUCGAAACUGGAAAACAUUAUAAAGAACUUUGCUUCGAAGCAAGAACCUUUGCCUCUUUCUUUUUCUACCAUCGGAAGCUUCCCAGAUGGAGGCAACGUUCUCUUCCUUGGCCCAACUCCUUCACUGGCACUCCUUCAAUUCCACUCGCAAUUGUGUGAUGCGCUGAAGAAGGAAAGUGUGGACAUCAGUGAGGAAUAUAGCCCGGACUCCUGGGUCCCUUACUGCUCAGUUGCACAAGAAGUUCCCAAGAACCGGACGGCAGAGGCUUUCAGUGUGCUGCGAGAUCUGAAAUUGCCCGUUACUGGGUAUGCAAUGGAUAUCGGAUUGGUAGAGUUUUCCCCUGUUCGUGAGCUCUUCUCAUACACCCUUGGAAGUGUACCUGAAGCAUGAGGUAUCAGGGUUGAAUACAGAAAAUAAUGCUAGGACUUGCAGUAGUGGCUGUAGCUGAGACUCUUGAUUGUGGGAUGAUCUUUUUCAACUUUGGCUUCAUUGAUGAUGCAUGAUGGUAAAACAAUAGCAACGAUGCAACGUAAAAUUCCAGAAAAGUGCUAUCAUGCUUGUGGAGAUAUAGUCUAUGUAAUUUCUUGAUUUUCAUUGGUUAUAAUGAUUGAGCUUGUGGUGGCGGGGAAAAAACUAUGGAUUUGCUGUUGGAAAUUGCAGGUUCAGAGUAGAGAUGUAGAUUAGUUUAGCGUUCAAGAAAACGUUUCAUUUCAGUAUCAAAUAGAUUAGAUUUUGCUUCAA